AUCUGAACGAAAAAGAUUUAACUGAUAUGGGAAUUAUUGAGAAAGGGCCUAUAAAGAUGAUUCUAAAAUACAUCGCAAUGAUAGAUGAUUACGAAGAGGAAGACCAAACAAAUGAUGAACACUCGGAAUUAACAAUACGUUCAAUUCUUGAGAAGGAACCCAAGUUCCAAAAGAUCAUACACCGCUACUUGGAUUAUGAGCUGAUACCUGAUCAUAAAAGCUUGCUUCAUAUGAAUCGCAUCCUCACUACACACUUUUCGAGGACCGAAUCAUCAAGAAGUCAAAAUAUCCGUCCUGGCAAGAAAAGCAACAACUCGCAGAGAAAAUACUUCAGGAGUUUCCUUUUCUGCAUGCAACGCGAAUGAAUGAAGACGCUCCAGCUGAGUCAUUCUUCUUCUGGAAGCAUGGAGGUAGUCAAUUUGGAUGUCACACCGGCAUUAUUGAGACCCGUGUUGGUAAUAUGAGAAAGGAUGUACUCCCUGAAAAAAGAUUAUUCCGUAGAACGAUGACUACAAAAUGCACUGAAGUCCCCGAACAAAUAAAGGACCUUGCUUUGGGUAUUUCAGCAGUUAGUCCUACUCCACACAAUGCUCGCCAUAUUUGCGAAACCAUGAGGCAAUGUUUUCCGCUGCAUAAUUGGCUUUUGGAAACAUUGAAGGAGAAUAAAAUGCAGGAAAUACUAAGAACAUUUCCACUUUUAGUGGCAUAUAAUGGUCUUUUGGUCCAGCAAACAUUCGAUCAAUUGAAGCCGAAUCGCCAUCAAGACAAAGAACUGGAGCAAUUCCUACGAACAGGAAUCAUAUUAGACAAAUAUAACUGGAACAACGUGCAAGAUCCGUACGUCAAAGGAUUACUUCGAAUUUUCAAGUCGUUGACAAACAGGGGCAUCAAACGGAAGGCCGAAGAACAACUCAUGCAGCCUGAUGAGGAAAUUGCUUUGCCCUUAAUAAGAUGGAUUAAGUGCAAUGAAGGCGAUACUGAUGUUGAGGCGCUGCGGAAGCAUGCUACAAGGGAUUUGCUGCCACAUAUUGUAUGCAUUGCCGAACGUUUUCAACAUGGUCCAUAUUAUAUUCAGUGCCAUGGAUAUGUAAUCCCCUGUAGCGAUUCGGCUUGUCAAGCUGUCGACGUUUUUUUUAAAAUGUUCGAUGUAUUUGGAAUCCCCGUACCCGUUCUACUACGAAAUGUUCACUCUUUGAUUUGCUUUCGAAUUUUUAAGAGUGUUCAGAACGCUUGCAGCCAAACCGUCCAAAACUUGGCAAAAAGGCUUGAGGAAAUUGACGUCUUCAAGGAAUAAGGGCAGGAACAGACGAAACACGCUAAACAAUAUCCAUCGCUCAUCAAUUUACGUCUGAUUCCAGACGAAUUUUAUUUCUUUAUGUGAUUGAUUGAGUAUCACUGAUGAUUAUAUCGAUAAUCAAUCAUUGUAAAUCGGAUUUAAAUAUUGAAUUCUAAUAGUUAAGUUUUAUACAUGCAAUAAGUUUUACCUUUUCGUGUACGUAAGUUUGGUAACCAUGCAAAAUCGUUUGCAUACUUUUAUUAUUUGAUUGAUGAAUCACAGAUUAUUAUACAAAAUAAUAUUCCUGAGAAUAAAUGAAUGGCAAAAUACCAUGAAAUAUAAUAUUAUUGUCGUUAUUGUUAUAAACAGCAGAAAUAAAAAAAAUU